GAUUUUCUUCAAGAAAGUUCUCUCAAUCUCUUUCUGAACCGCAAACCCUAACUCUAUCUGCAAAAGAUGUCUCACUUCGGCAGGUCUGGCCCUCCAGACAUCGCCGACACAUACUCUCUUCUCGUCCUCAACAUCACCUUCCGUACUACUGCUGAUGAUCUGUUUCCGCUAUUCGACAAGUACGGCAAGGUUGUCGACAUCUUCAUCCCUAGAGAUCGAAGAACUGGGGAAUCGAGGGGCUUUGCAUUUGUGCGGUACAAAUACGCUGAUGAAGCUCAGAAGGCAGUGGACAGGCUAGAUGGGAGGGUUGUUGAUGGUCGCGAAAUAACAGUUCAGUUUGCAAAAUAUGGGCCCAAGGCUGAGAGGAUUCAUAAGGGAAGGAUUAUUGAAACGCCUUCAAAAUCAAGGCACAGGUCCAGAAGUCGCAGCCCUCGGAGAAGGUACCGAGAUGACUCUAGAGAUAGGGACUCUAGGAAGAGAAGUAGGAGCAGAAGCAGGGACAGGGACAGGUCAGACCGUGACAGGUACCGUGCAAAGGACAGAGAUUAUCGUAGAAGGAGCAGGAGUCGCAGUGCCAGUCCUGAUUACUCCAGAGGACGUGGUAGAAGCCGUUAUGAUGAUGAGCGGCGAAGUAGCAGCCGAUCUAGGGAUAGUCCCUCCCCUCGGCGGAGCCUGGAACCUCGAAGGAGUUAUUCCCCCCGUAAGAAUUCCCCUGUGAAAGGUGAAAGCCCUGAUAGACGCAGCCGUGAUGGUGGGUCUCCAACCCCUCGAAGUGCUUCUCCACGAGGUCGGGCUGCUGCGUCUCGUAGCCCAUCCCCACGAAAUUCAGAUGUUGAUGUGAGUUGUUCUCCUCAUGCUCCCAUUUAUUGAGUGCAUAUGAGGAUU